UCAUUGACCCCAAAAUGUGCACAACAUGGCGGAAGGAGGCGGACUUAGAUGUGAGAUAGCGAAUAUUCCUGGUGCAGAAAAUAUACCGUGCGGACUCAGUAUUCCAUACAAAUGCCACACGAGCUGUGUUUUGCUUAGGGAGUGUACCAGAGACGUUAAAAACCACUUAAAAACCUGAAAGUGCUUCAUGUCCAGAAACGAGCUACAGAUAGAAAGGAGCUUAUUCUUCAAAGUUAUUUCGACUUUGACCCCGAGAAUGAACUACUUAACUAAACUAUAUGUCCAGCACACAGGUUUCGUUUAGGGACGAACUGGACUACGUCCAAAAAGUGCCGGUACCCACUUCUCAAAGAGAAAGGGAAACCCUCUUCUUACCAAGCAAUUGGCGUCGAGAUUUCCAAGGAGCUGAAACUAGAUUUUGGUGUGUUGGUCCCAGUAGGGUCAUCUCUUUGUAAAAGGUGUAAAGAGAAAGAGACUGCUCGUCAAGGGGGCGUCUCGAUAGUCUGAAGGUUCAUUGGUCCGAAGGAAUCAAGGGUUCAUUGGUCCGAAGGUUCUAUAGUGACUAUUGAACAUUCGGACUAUUGCUACAGCCCCCUUGUCACCAUGAGAAGUAUACAGCAACUAAAGAUACAACUGUGGCUUCUAUGUCUAAACUUUCUUCAGCCCAAGAAGAAACUGAACAUGCAAGGUUAGACAUGCCAGUGUCAGGCAGCAGCAGCAAUGGCAGCUCACAAAGUAGUGGGAGGACAGACCUUGAAGCUUCUUGGGUCUCUACACCUGUAAAGAACCAGGACCUGGGGAAUUUGAAUAAUUUUCUUGUUCGUGGUGGGUUUGAACCAGCCAUAGGUCAACUUAAAUCUAGCUAUGACACUGCUGCCCCAAGAACGAGAAGGUAUUACAAACAGAAAGCAAGAGAAGGCAUCAACUUGGUUCUGAACUGUUUGUCACUUGGUCAUGAAGAAGCUGUCUGGAGAUAUGUUCAGAAAGCGGAUAUGGAAACCAGUACCAUCAACGCACUGAUAGCCUGUUAUGAAAGUGCAGAUUCAAGAAAACUCAACGCAUAAGUCUGCCGCUGUAUAUGUAUUAGUGCAAGACGUUUUUAGUCUAAUGAAAGGCUCUACAGUGCAUUUUUAUUGGUGCUUUAUUUUUCUUAAUUUUCAAAAUUACAAUAAAAUAUAUAUUAUUAUCUUUAAGCAAUCUGAUUUUCUUUGAAUGAGAAAUGGAAAUGAAUAAAAACAGAUAUCAUCCACCUAAAAUGAGUGCUUCAAUAAUAAUUUUUAAAAAUGAAAAGUUACAUAAAAAGUACGACCUUGCUCCAAAGAUAAAAAUAUAACAUGGAUACACUGUGGAGCAUUACAUAUAUUUUUAAAGGGGAUGCUGAUAUUACAUGCUUAUAUUACAUUUUGCAUCAGCCAUACGGCUUGUUCCCAAUGAAAAUAUUAUCCCACAUAGAUCAAUCCAACUCCCCAGAUAAACAGAUUUUAAAAACACGAAAAAUAACCAAUGAUUUGCUGAACACUCAGUCAUGCAUCCUUGUUGAACAGUUUCUUAUUUGUUUUUUAUUCAUCAUUUCUCAUGAGACUUCAAGGGGAGCAAUUUUUGUUCACACUUGUCCUUGCCUGCUUGUGCUGAAUAAAGAAGCCUGUCUGUUCAGAUAAAGCUGGUAUCACUAUGGACAAAAUGUAGGAGCACAGUGGUAGCACCCAACAACAUCUAAACUAAUAUUUCUCCAAAGCUGUCCAUGUUUGUUUUCAGCUGGCAGACAGAUUUAUCUAGCAGAAAUAUAACUGCAACCCAGUUCUAACUGGCUUUCUCCACUCAGUUGAUCUGAAAAACAAAAUGAAAAUAUAGUUUUACAAAUAUAUCCUUGCUUAUAAUUUUCUGGAAACUAUGAAAUUUACCCAGAUGAAAGGCUUUCUAUAAGCAAGGUCCUAUCUACUGUAGCAAUGAUAAAAGCCACCUUUCAAGCUAGUUAUUACAACAAUCAUCAAUGAUAUUGAAACAAACAUUGAUUGUAAUACUUAACAACAAUAUUUUUCAAAGAGAAACGU